UGCGCCGAGCGAGCGGGGAGCUGUCAGGAGGCGGGAGCGCCGUGGCGGCCCUGGACGCGGCGGCCAUGAGGCGGGAUGUGCGAAUCCUCCUGCUGGGGGAAGCCCAGGUGGGGAAGACCUCCCUGAUCAUGGCGCUGGUGGGUGAGGAGUUCCCUGAAGAGGUGCCUCCUCGUGCAGAAGAAAUCACAAUCCCAGCAGAUGUUACUCCUGAAAAGGUUCCAACCCACAUUGUCGACUACUCAGAAUCGGAGCAGACAGAGGAGGAGCUCCAGGAGGAGAUUGCCAAGGCCAACGUGGUGUGCAUGGUGUACGAUGUCACAGAUGAGACCUCCAUUGAUAAGAUUCGGACCAAAUGGAUUCCAAUGGUGAAUGGUGGAGCGGAAAAGUGUUCCAGGAUCCCCAUCAUCCUCGUGGGAAACAAGUCGGACCUGCAGAAUGGAAGCUCCAUGGAGACCAUCUUGCCCAUCAUGAACCAGUUCUCAGAGAUUGAGACCUGUGUGGAGUGUUCUGCAAAGAACUUGAAGAAUAUCUCUGAGCUCUUCUACUAUGCCCAGAAGGCAGUCCUGCACCCAACAGCUCCUCUGUAUGACCCAGAGGAGAAACAGCUGAGACCAGCGUGCACGCGAGCACUCACUCGGAUUUUUAAUAUGUCUGACCAGGAUAACAACCAGAUUCUGAGUGAUGAGGAGCUCAACUAUUUCCAGAAGUCCUGCUUUGGAAACCCUCUGGCUCCUCAGGCUCUGGAGGACGUGAAAAUGGUGGUCUGGAAGAACACAACUGAUGGCGUCCAGGACAAUGGCCUGACCCUCAAUGGCUUUCUUUUCCUCAAUACGCUCUUCAUCCAGAGAGGGCGCCACGAGACCACGUGGACCAUCCUGCGUCGCUUUGGCUAUGACGAUGCGCUGGAGCUGACGGACGACUAUCUGUGCCCACUGAUCCGGGUGCCCCUGGGCUGCUCCACAGAGCUCAACCACUUCGGCUGCCAGUUCUUGCAGAGGAUGUUUGAGAAGCACGACAAGGAUCGUGACGGAGCCCUCUCCCCCACUGAACUCCAGAGCUUCUUCAGUGUGUUCCCCUAUGUGCCCUGGGGACCUGAGCUCUACAACACGGUAUGCACCACUGAUAAAGGCCUGCUUUCCCUGCAUGGAUUCCUCUGCCAGUGGAUGCUGGAGGCCUACCUGGAUGUCCAUCGCUGCCUGGAGCACUUGGGCUACCUGGGCUAUCCCAUCUUCUCUGACCAGGACUCUCAGAUUCAUGCUGUCACAGUUACACGGGAAAAAAGGAUUGACCUGGAAAAGGGCCAGACUCAUCGCAAUGUUUUCCUGUGCAAAGUGGUUGGAUCCCAGCAGGCUGGCAAGACCGCUUUCCUGCAAGCCUUUCUCGGGAAGAACUUGGCUGCCCAAAGUCAGUCUGAGAGCAAGGCGUCCUCCUAUUCAAUCAACACUGUGCAAGUCAAUGGGCAGGAAAAGCAUUUAAUUCUGCACGAGGUUGACGUGGGUGUGGAGUUCGUGAAGGCAUCCGAUGCAUCUUGCGAUGUUGCUUGCUUGUUGUACGAUGUGUCGGACCACAAGUCAUUCAACUACUGUGCCAGCAUUUAUAAGCAGCACUACAUGGAUGGGCAGGUCCCGUGCCUCUUCGUGGCUUCCAAGGCAGAUCUACCGGAGUCAUCGCCGCAGCACGGCCUCUCGCCGGCCGAGUUCUGCUACAAGCACCGUCUGCCGCCGCCCUUCUACUUCACCUGCAGCGAGCAGGGCCCUCCGAACCCAGCCAUCUACGCCAAGCUGGCCGCAGCCGCCACUUUCCCCCAUUUGACCGACAUCGACAUGGGCCACACACCCUUUUGGACCAGGGUCGCCUUGGGAGCCACCGUCGCUGCCAUCCUGGGAGUCACCCUCUACAAGGCCAUGGCGAAGAACAAAUAGAGCAGGGAAGGCUCCUCCUCGUGGUCGGCUUCCUCUGCCGUCACUCCAGAAAAGCAAGCUUCAUUUCUCCCAAGCAAGUCGCACAUCCAGGAAGAAAUGGACAAGAAGGAAUACACGGGUUCCAGUAUAGACACGUCCCCCCAUUGCCCUCCCUUACUCUCCUCUGGGGGCAGUCAUUGCACCAGCGAAGCAGAAAUAGUUGCGAAGUCCCCCAGCUGACAUUAUUCCAUCCCUCCACACUCAGGAAGAGCUUCCCCCGCAUCCACUCAGUGACCAGUGCACCAGGUGUCCCGCGACUCCACUCUGCUGCUAAGACAACCCAAGGCCCCUGAUGUUUUCCCGGAUGUCUUCAAAGUCUGACACCGUUGCAGCCUUGCGACAGAAGUGGACGUCUUCAAAGCAUUUCCUUUUAGCAGGGAAGCCCAGAUGCAAGAUGGGCCUCGAGGAGACUCGGGAAAGCCAGACACGCCAUUCAGCUCCUGGGGUGGCGGCGGUGGUGGCAGCUAAACCCUAAAGGGGGCAGUUUUCCAUGCAUGCUGCUACCAUCGUGGGAGAGCGCAAAGGUUCCUGGCACACUUCUGGGCACUGUUCCUAACAAGGAGCAUUGUGGUGGGUCUGGCUGGGAUGUCACUGGCCAGGCGUGCUGUUGCUUGUGAUAUUCCAGAAAUGGGAGCGGUGGCGCAGUUCACUUGGGUUGUCGUUGAGGUGUGCCAUGUCUCCUGGUAUGACCGUGACCCCACCGUGCAUUUGCCCAGUGUCCCCAUCUGGGGGGGGGCAGCACAAUGGCCCCCCCUUGUCCUGGGCAGGCCAGGACAGUCCUUGUGCACAAAGGCCAGAAAAGACUUCGACGAGGCCUGCUGAUCCAGGCUGAAGGGCGACGGAGGAUGCCCGAGGCAAAUGUCCAGUGUCCCUCUGGCUGGUUUCUCUGUGAGGCACUGGCCAUUUUUUCUGCUUCAGGCCGUGCGGGGAAUGAUGAAGAGGCGGCGUUUGUGGUGGAGUGGCGAGGACUUGCUCAGGUCCCCUGGCCUUCCAGAGUAUUCUUGGGCUCUUCCCCACCCCGGCCCUGCUUUUGCGACUUCAGCUGCAGCCUGGCACCAGGAAACAAACGUGAUGCUUUUUCCUGCCUGUUCUUCCUCCUCUCAGAAGACUCCCCUGUGCAGAGUUUGUGCGUCCAGGUCCUGUUGGAAGGUGCACGACCACCAAAGGAAGAAGUCGCCCCCUGCCCUGCCAGGAACGCUCUGUGUGACUGCUGCUUGUGGGGUUUAGGCCCAGUCUUGAGGCCUGCUUAGAGCAUUUCAGCUUUAAAAUAGUUGUGUAAAUACGUAUACGAUAAAAGUAAUGCAUUUCUGUGCUCCUCAGCAGG